UCCGCGGCUUCCGCACAACUUCCUGCAAUUCUGCAGACCGAGGGACGGCGAGAAAGAGAAGCGCGUUAGUGCCGUCACUCCCGCCCGUGCCCUCUCAUCUUCCAGACCCCUGGGACUUUCUCCCGGCAUUUACACAGCUUUAGUUCACCAUGUGCGCUCUUGAAACCCAGAAAACGCGGGAGGGUUUGAAAAGCUUUAUUCCUCGAAACCGGUCGUGUUUGCUGGUCGUGAUUUGCUGUGAGUCUCCUUGAAAGCGCGACAGUUUUGCUUGUGUACACAUAUCCAACUUUCUGUGAGGACAGACGGCGCUUGCACGCUUGCACAUGUGGGACAUGCCGCGCAAAAAAAGAGUCGAGCUCUGAGCCUACGUAUGCUCUCCAAUGGCUUGAUGUCUCUGUCUACUGCUAGCGAAGUUUAACCUGGCUCGCAGGCGCCAGGGGGGCAGUGUGCAUGGGGUUCAAAUGCUCGCGCCCGGCCAGUGCACUAGGCCCCUCGCUGUCCACAAGCACUGCUUAAUUCCGAUAGUCGUGCUCUAGGCGCACAUACGCAAACAUAGGAACAAUGGCGGAGGCUAACUCGCGCGAGCUCGCGCUUUACAGCGCCAAGAUUGCUGAGCAGUCUGAGCGUUACCAGGACAUGGUUGAGGAGAUGAAGAAGGUUGCUGUGCUGGCUAAUGAGCAGGAGCUGUCGGUGGAGGAGCGCAACCUGCUCUCGGUCUCCUACAAGAACCUUGUGGGCUCCCGCCGCGCUAGCUGGCGCAUUCUGCAGAGCAUUGAGCAGUCGGAGCAAGCUAAGGGCAACGAGAAGCGCGUGGGCAUGAUCAAGAGGUACCGCGCGGUGGUGGAGGGCGAGCUCGACAAAAUCUGCCAUGAGAUCCUGGACCUGCUCGACAAGUACCUGGUGCCCAGCGCCUCUACCACCGAGGCCGCUGUCUUCUACCUGAAGAUGAAGGCCGAUUACCACCGCUACCUGUCUGAGUACAAGACGGACGAGGCCAAAGCGGCGGCCGCGGAGUUGACGCUGGCCGCCUACAAGGUCGCCCAGGAGAAGGCCGACGAGCUGCCCACGACCAACCCCAUCAGGCUGGGUCUGGCGCUCAACUUCUCGGUCUUCUACUACGAGGUGAUGAACCAGCCCGCGCUGGCCUGCUCGCUGGCGAAGAAGGCCUUCGAUGAGGCUAUCUCUGACCUGGACUCGCUCGGCGAGGAUUCCUACAAGGACAGCGCGCUCAUUAUGCAGCUGCUGCGGGACAACCUCACCCUGUGGACGUCAGAAAUGCAGGACGACGACAAGAAUCGGGCAUGAGCGUAGCGCAGCGCAGCCUUGGGUGUCGGAGCCCCGGUUUCCAGCGGCUCAUGGGGGGUCCUCGGCGAGCAGGCGCUGGACUGUUUGCAUCUUGCGCAACUCUGAGCCGCCCGCCUGUUGGGGCACGCUAUUCCAUAAUUGUGGAGUCACGGCACGGUUAUUAGGUACGCUGAUGACGGCGUGAGACCCAGAGGAGGGUUUCGAGGAGCGUGGCGUGUGUUUUCCGAUGGGGUGCCGGCCGUGUUUGACCGGACAGUACGGUGAUGCACGGUGCCGGCUUGUGUUUGUAUUGAGUUUUGUUUCAGCACUGGUGUCAGCAUUCUCGGUCACGGGGCCGCAUGCGGCUUCACGAUGCGGCCAAACAUAGGUAGAAGUGUGGUCCCCGAGUGGGCGCGCUUGAGAAGCGCCAAGCAGACUCACUGCGGACGAGCGUCCAUGAUGGCCAUGGCGCUCACACAUUAUGUAAAGACUAGCGCGCG